AUGUCGGUGGACGAUCUGGAAAUUAAAAUCUAUGGUAUCAUUAAUUAUUAUUGUUCAAUAAAACGCAAUAAACUAAUAAAGCUGAUUGAUGAUCGAAGAUCACUUAACCAGAAAAUCGAAUCUAAGACGGUCACCAAAGAGGAGUUAUCAGAACAAAUAAAAGCUGAAUUAAAUAUACUGGAUACUUUUUUACAAAAAAUUGAUCAAAACAUUAUAGAAACUAACCUAGAAAAUAUUAACAUCCGUAUAGUUACUAUUUUAUCAAAUCGUAUCAAUAAUAUGUACAAACAUAUGUUUCUACUGUUUCCUCUUGAAAAAACCUCAUUGUCAGCUUACACUGAGUUUCAUUCAAAUAAUAUAUUAUUUAUUACUAAAUGUAGAAACAUAUUGGAUACGAUCAUAUUGAGAUAUCAUAAUGAUCCUGAAGUAUAUAUAAUUGCAGCAACAUAUGCAUUUGAUAACCGAAAUGAUGUUGAUUCAGCUAGACGAUAUUUUGCUGAAGGAUUAAAACAUCAUAAAAAUUGUAAAAGUUUACAUAUAGAAGAGUUCUGGAUAGAAGUACAGCAUUUAGAAAAGACUGCAGGUGCUUCUCUUUUGAUUGCCAUGGGAAAAUAUAAAAACCUCAUUAAACAGUUUGAAGGUGAUAUCGAAUUUCAUAUUAUAUUAUUGGACAGAGCAAUAAAAUUUAAAACAAUUGGAGAACUGCAAUGCAAUAUAGUCAGGGAUAUGGUUAAAAAGUAUAAACAUAGUGAACUAAUGUGGAAAAAAUUAGCUGAAAUUAAUUUUAGCGGUAUUAUUUAUAUACAAAAGACUGAACAAUUACACUAUGAUAAAAAUUAUAUUAAUGGUAUAAGAAGCUGCAUUGAAUCCUAUGAAGAAGGAUUGAAAAAAUAUUUGCCAUUAAAAAAUAAAAAUAACUUAUGGAACUUUUAUAUUGAUCAUAUUAUAGAAAUUCGAAAAUCUUAUCUCAUGAAAAACGAGGCUAUAAGAAAUUUUAUAAAUAAAACAAUGGAGCGAGUCUUUCUAGAAGCACAUUAUGACAAAGCAUUACAUAAAGCUGAACAUUAUAUUUAUUGGGCUGAAAACGUAAUUGAAGACCGUCGUAGGAUUCUGAAAAAAGCAGUUCAAGUGAUAAAAGAUAAUGUAGAGCACUGGAUUCAUUUAAUAUCAUAUUGUUUGAGGAAUGACGAUCUUAAUAUGGCCAAUGAAGUUUUUGAAACUGGUAUUCAAGUUCUGAAAAGCCAGUCGAUGCCAUUAUGGGAAAUUCUAAUUUCUUAUUUAGAGAACAAUAAUCCAACAUUGCUUCAAGAAUUAUAUCAUAAAGGCUCACAUUUUCCAUUCCCAGAAAUCAAUAUUGCAAUCAGGCUUAAAUAUUUGGAAUGGAACUUGGUUCAGUAUGGAAUACAUUUAACUCGUAAAUUGUUUAGUCAACUUAAAAAAAUAAAACCACAAUGUAAACAAUUAUUUACAACUAUGAUAAAAAUUGAACACACUCAAAACUCAAAAAUUACUAAAGUAAAAUGUAUAAGAACAUUGUAUAAUGAUCUAUGCAUUGAUUUUGGUGAAAAAGACAUUGGAAUAUGGUUGGACUACAUCCAUUUUGAGAAUACAUAUGGUUCUCGUUAUUCAGUAAAAGUAGUUUAUGAGGCAUCAUUAGUGUAUUUGGAUCCAAAUUUAAAAAUUAGUAUGAAAGAAGAGUUUAAAAAACUUGAAAAAGAAGAACAAUUAUAA